AUGGGAAAUCAAAGAAAUCUACCCCCGGCCGUUGGCAGGGCCAGCGCUAUGAAUAAUUUCCUGAUUCCCGCUGAUGACUGGAAUGCCCCCUCGAGCAGAUGCGAGCCGGCUUUAGGAAUUACACGGACCCCGCGUGGCCUCGGUGGCUUCGGGGAGAGCUGGGAGGGCUCUGAUGCCGACCAUGUGUGGGGACGGAGGCGGUUUUGGCACCGGGAGGCGCAGGGAGCUCCGGCGACAGGACUGCACCCUCUGGAGGGUACUGCUGCUCCUGCACGUGCGGCUUUUGGCCAAAAAAUCCUGCUCCAGAACGGCCCAGGUGGCCUGGCAGGAGGCUUUGUCCCCACCAGGGCUGUCCCCGCAGUCCUGGCUGGCUGCACAUGUGAUGGGCCCCGCAGGUGACACGGAGUGAUCCGGAGGUGACCCUGAGUGAUCCAGAGGUGACCCUGAGUGAUCCGGAGGUGACCCUGAGUGAUCUGCAGGUGACCCUGAGUGAUCUGCAGGUGACCCUGAGUGAUCCAGAGGUGACCCUGGGUGAUCCAGAGGUGACCCUGAGUGAUCCAGAGGUGACCCUGAGAGAUCUGCAGGUGACCCUGAGUGAUCUGCAGGUGACCCUGAGUGAUCCGGAGGUGACACUGAGUGAUCCAGAGGUGACCCUGAGUGAUCCGGAGGUGACCCUGAGUGAUCUGCAGGUGACACUGAGUGAUCCGGAGGUGACCCUGAGUGAUCCAGAGGUGACCCUGAGAGAUCUGCAGGUGACCCUGAGUGAUCCGCAGGUGACCCUGGGUGAUCCUCAGGUGACACCGAGUGAUCCGCAGGUGGAAUCCCGAGGGAAGUGUUGGGAUUUCCAGGGCAGGCUGCAGCAAAGGACAUCGGCUGGAUAGCGCUCGGAGGGAAGGGACUGGUGGCCUGUGGGGUGGUGACAGAGCCCUGCGACCCCCGCAGCUACAGGGCAGUGACAUCUCCUGGGACAUGCCUGGGGACAGACCCCCAGGUCCUCUCAGCCAGGAGGCAGUGGCAGACCCUCCAAGUCCUCAGUCCGGGGGGUGACAGAGUCCUGGUCCCCACAGUCUGGGGGGUGACAGACCCCCGAUGCCUUUGGCCACGGGAGGUGACAGCCCCAGAUCCCCCAGCCCUGUGGGGAGGUGACAGCUCCCGAUGCCUUUGGGGGGUGACAGCACCCAAUCCCUCAGCCUUGAAGGGAGGUGACACCCCCUAAUCCCACAGCCCCGUGGGGAGGUGACAGCUCCCGAUCCUGUGGGGAGGUGACAGUCCCAGGUCCCUCAGCCCUGAAGGGAGGUGACAGUCCCAGAUCCCCCAGUCCUGUGGGGAGGUGACAGCCCCCGGUCCUCCACCCCUGUGGGGAGGUGACAGCUCCCAAUCCUCUGGGGGGUGACAUCCCCUAAUCCCCCAGCCCUGUGGGGAGUUGCCAGCCGCCCCAGCCCCGCGGAGAGGUGCCAGCCCCAUCUCCCCGCGGGGCGGUGACACGGCGGUGGCGGCGGGGCGGCGCCAGGCCCGGCGGGCUCGGAGCGGAGCCCGCGGCUCCCGGUCCCCGCCGCUGCUGCGCCUUUAACGCGGCGGCCCCGCCGCCUCCCCCGCGGCACCGGCACCGGCGGCGGCGGCGGCGCUGGGCGAUGGCGGAGUCCGGCGGGGCCGAGUUCGGCGCGGAGCGGCCGAGCAGGGCGAUGUUCACGGGCGGGAUGAGAGAAGCCAGCCAGGACGUGAUCGAGCUCAAAGGCGUGUCUGCCAAGGGCCUGAAGCACAUCAUCGACUUCGCCUACAGCGCCGAGGUCACUCUGGACCUCGACUGCAUCCAGGACGUGCUGGGAGCCGCCGUCUUCCUGCAGAUGGUGCCGGUGGUGGAGCUGUGCGAGGAGUUCCUCAAGUCCGCCAUGAGCGUGGAGACGUGCCUCAACAUCGGCCAGAUGGCCACCACCUUCAGCCUCGCCUCCCUCAAGGAAUCCGUGGACGCCUUCACCUUCAGGCACUUCCUGCAGAUCUCCGAGGAGGAGGAUUUCCUCCACCUGCCCCUAGAGCGCCUGGUGUUCUUCCUGCAGAGCAACAAGCUCAAGAGCUGCAGCGAGAUCGAGCUGUUCCGCGCCGCCGUGCGCUGGCUGCAGUUCGACCCCGCGCGCCGCGCCAGCGCCAGCCAGGUGCUGUGCCACAUCCGCUUCCCGCUCAUGAAGUCCUCGGAGCUGGUGGACAGCGUGCAGACCCUGGACAUCAUGGUGGAGGACGUGCUGUGCCGCCAGUACCUGCUGGAGGCCUUCAACUACCAGAUCCUGCCCUUCCGGCAGCACGAGAUGCAGUCCCCGCGCACGGCCAUCCGCUCGGACGCGCUGUCCCUCGUCACCUUCGGCGGCACCCCCUACACCGACAACGACCGCACCGUCAGCUCCAAGGUCUUCUGCCUGCCCGACGCCGGCGGCCGCCAGUUCCGCGAGCUGACCGAGAUGGAGGUGGGCAGCAGCCACUCCUGCGUGGCCGUGCUGGACAACUUCGUCUACCUGGUGGGAGGGCAGCAGCUGCAGUACCGCAGCGGGGAGGGCGCCGUGGACGUCUCCUACCGCUACGACCCCCACCUCAACCAGUGGCUGCGCAUCCAGGCCAUGCAGGAGAGCAGGAUCCAGUUCCAGCUCAACGUCCUGCGCGGGAUGGUUUACGCCACGGGCGGCCGCAACCGCUCGGGCAGCCUGGCCUCGGUGGAGAAGUACUGCCCCAAGGACAACGAGUGGACCUACGUGUGCUCCCUGAAGCGCAGGACGUGGGGCCACGCCGGGGCCACGGCGGGGGACAAGCUGUACAUCUCGGGGGGCUACGGGAUCUCCGUGGAGGACAAGAAGGCGCUGCACUGUUACGACCCCGCCGCCGAUCAGUGGGAGUUUAAGACGCCCAUGAACGAGCCCAGGGUGCUGCACGCCAUGGUCAGUGCCAACGGCAGGAUUUACGCCCUGGGAGGCCGCAUGGACCACGUGGAUCGGUGUUUUGAUGUCCUGGCCGUGGAAUAUUACGUCCCCGAGACGGACCAGUGGACCACGGUGAGCCCGAUGCGCGCGGGGCAGUCGGAGGCCGGCUGCUGCCUCCUGGAAAAAAAGAUUUACAUCGUGGGGGGCUACAACUGGCACCUGAACAACGUGACCAGCAUCGUGCAGGUCUACAACACGGAGACGGACGAGUGGGAGAGGGACUUGCACUUCCCAGAGUCUUUUGCUGGCAUUGCCUGUGCCCCCGUCAUCCUCCCGCAGGUGACGAGCCAGAGGUGACUCUGGGGGGCUCUGGGGCUGUGGGAGAGGGAAGGACAAAACAGCUCCAGAAAGUUCCUCCUCCUGCUGGGGAGUGCUGGCAAGCCAGUUCCAUCAGCAGCACUUGUCAGCCAGGCAGACUGAACAGAUGUUACAGCUGGGAAAAGCUUUUCUCUCCUCUCCGUCUCUCUCUAUUUUUUUUUUUUUGGUGGGGGAUGCAUUUUGCCAACUUUUCGUAUUUUUAACGGCGCCACGCACUGCAAACAUUGGCAGCUCAGGAGUCACUCAGCACUGGGGUCUUGUUUCCAAGAGAUCAGGUGAGGUGUUUUUUUAUCGAUAGCUCCAAAAAUAAAAAUCAUCGUGCGUCGCUUUGUUGGUUUUUUAGCAAACAACAAACAAACAAACAAAAAAAAACCCACAAAAACUUGUGUAUCACACUGACCUCCAGAAGCAAUAAAAGGACAGUGGGAGCUACAAGAGCUCAGGUGCUUGGAUUGGGAAAGCAGAUCCCUGUUUUUCAAAGGUGACUUUUCCUUUUUUACCCCUUCCUGAAAAAGGGAAUAUUUAUCCCUGCACACCUCUGGUCUUCACUGCUUGGAUCACGCUGCAAUUCCUCGCCCCCUCCAGCUCCUCUAGUGCAGAAAUUCUCCCUUAAUUGGGGCGUGCAGAGUUUGCAGCACUAAAGCCACGGUGAAAGCUUGAUUAUGUAUAAACAGGCAUGAUUAUUUGGGUUUAGAAGUGCCAAAAGUUUGGCUGCCCUGGCAAUAAGAGCUCUGCAGUCGCCCAUCAGUGAAGCCAAGAGCUCCUGCAGAUUCUGGGUCAGGAUUUUCACCUUUCCCAACAACUUCAUCCCAACUCUUCCUCCAGUAAAGGAGGUGGGUGCUACUCCUUCAGCAGCUGGAAGGUUUUCUUCCCUGCCACGUGAAUGAGCUGCUUGGCAUCCCAAAAUGAUGGGAGUCCCAGUGGAACGUGGUUUUGUUGUUGUGGUGGUAUUUUAAAUUAAGAGGCUGGUUUAAGAUGGCUCUGUCGUUUUUGUAAAAUCUUCACUGCACAGAACACUUCCUGAACUCUCCUCUCCUCCAAGCCAUUUUCCUUAUUUAAUUUGAUGAAUGAAUUGCAAGAAUCUCUGCUUCUAUCAGGAAUUCUGUUUCCAAGGGCUUUGUUUUGUAUCUGUGUCAGCUUGAUUUGGAUGCACACAGUCUCCUUUUGUAGAGAAGCUGUUGCAUUCUGCUCUGAAAUAAAUCCUGGGCUGCAACCUUUAGUGACAACUCUUAGUGUCUGGUGUGCUGAUGAAUCCUUGAGAGGUCUGUGUACAGCACGAGCUCCACACCUCAGAGAUUUUUCUGGAAUCCAUGGGAUCAGAGCACCUCCGGGUAAGGAUGCAGGGUGCUCGCAUUCUGAAUUUCAGAUAAAAGCCAUGCAGAAUUCCCUCUGUUCCUCCCCAUUUGCUGGUUUGCCAGUAAGAAAUCGAUGAAAAGGACGUGCUGCUCUAUGGAAUGCUGCAGUUGGAGGGCUCUCAGGCACUUCACUGACUCCUUUUCUCUGUUCCUUUGGCCUGGCCUGGCCGCCAGAAACGCCCGGGACGGGCUUGGCAGAGACAGGAGAUGCUGAGAGGAUGAGCUGGAGCUCAGUUCAAGCUCCACAGUUCCAAAAGAAUGGAUUUUCCUUGUUGAAUGGUUCCACAUGUGCAUAAAAAUGGUAUUUCUCAGGUUGGUAACCAGCUGAGCUGUUCUCCCUUUCCUGUGUGCGGGAUCUGCUCAGUCCCCCUCUGAGGGUGUCGUUCCUUCAUCCAGAGUGACAGAGAGGGGCUUUAGGUGGGGAAUUUGGGAUAAAUCCUUCCCUGGGAGGGUGGGCAGGCCCUGGCACAGGUGCCCAGAGCAGCUGUGGCUGCCCCUGGAUCCCUGGCAGUGCCCAGGGCCAGCCUGGGACAUGGGAAGUGUCCCCAUGGCAGGGGUGGCACUGGCUGGGAUUUAAAGUCCCUCCCAACCCAAACCUCUCUGGAAUUCCACGAUUCUACAGCACUUGAACAUUCUUCCCUGUUUUAUUUGCACUUUCCCCGAUUCCUGGGGCAGCAGUGGAUGGUUUGGGUGCUCUCUCAUCCCUGAGUUUUUCUGGCUGUGCAGCCGUGGUUCCCAUCCCACACACGCCCCGAGAUCCACGUGGAGCCCAUCCCUGGAAUCUCCUCCUGAGGAAACCAAACUUUAUUUUUUAUUUUUUCCCUUCAGCCUUCUCAGGUAGGUGUGUGUGUCUUGGGGGGAAAGAGGAAAAUCCUUGGAAAGCAAGGAAAAGCCUGUUUGGUCUCACUUUUAAGGACAACCUUGCAAAAAUAAACGUGAUCCAGCGUUCAUUCCUGUUGGAAGCGUUGUUUUGCAGACAGGAGGAUGCACAAAACCCUUCUGGAAUUCUAUUUAUUAAUCAAUUGCCUGCCACGAAGCAAAACUAACCUGGGAUUGCCAUUCCUAUUCCCUGCCACUGAGGAGCAGGAGCUGGGAAAGAAUCUGGAGGUCUCUGGAUCAGAGCACUGCAGCUCUUUGUUGCUGGAAUGUUCUUUUUAUAGCAAUGUAAAUAAUUAUUUCACAUCAAAAGAGCUGGAAGUCUUCUGGCCGCUCUAAAUUUAGCAGAGACUCAAAUAUUUGUGGACCAUAAAUAUUUUGGAUCAUAAAUUUUGCUUGACCCCUUGCGCAGGGGAUGGAGUUGUGGCUCUGGGCUGGGCACAGCCUCUCUGAUAUUCUGACAAGAAAUGGGUUUGGUGCUUUUGGUGCGUUCAAUAAUUGAUGUUUUCAGGAGGGUUUCCCCAUAAAUACGGAUGGGAUUGUGUGGAAACGUUUCCCAGGAUGCCCCACAUGGAAAGGAGGUGGAUUGGGCUCCUCUUUUCCUGAGGAAUGAGCCAAGCCAGGUAAAUGUUUGGUUGCCCUCAGAGUCCUUUGUGGGUCUCGGAGCAGCCAUAAAAACCCUGGGGGUGAAUUGGGUAAAUCUGGAAAUGCCCCUGAGCAGAUGGGGAGCGGGAGAAGCCGGAGCAUCGUUAGCACAGAGCCCCUGUGUCCCUCCAGAGGCUCCUGUCAGGCCUGGGAUAAUAAUUCCUGUCUCCUCUGAUGUUUUAUGGGCCUGAAAUUGUGCUUAAAACCAUAAAGGCAGCCCUGGGAGUCUUGGCAGGGUGGAGAGCAGCGAGAGAUUGGGAAUGUCUGCAUCCCAUUAAUGGUGUCACUGACCCUUUUCCAGAGGGUCUGCCUGCUCCCAAUCCCACUGUCACUUCCCCCUAGCCCAGAACCCGGAUAAUUCACACAGACGUGCCUGCAGCCCUGGAAGAUCUUUAGCAGCAGUGGAAAAAUGUCAGUGUCUUUGAUUCAGACAGAACCAAGCCACUCCCAGCAGCUCCCAGUUAGCCUGGUGCUGGUUUGGAGUGCUGCUGUGGGAGCCACAUCAAACCCAGGCAGAAAUUCCCACUUCCAGGGCUGUGAUAAGGGCUGGAGCUGCUGAAACUCCACAAACUUUCGGGACAUUUAUCACGGCAGGAUUAUUGGAGCCAGACUACUGUCAGGAUAAAUAAAACAUGUUCCCCAGUGCAGCUCUAAUUAUGAUUUUUAGCCAGUUGUGUAAUGUGCAGAACUUUAUUUACAAUAAAUCUUCCA